AUGUCCAACCCUCGAGUUAAGCGUCCUUUCGCCGGCGCAGCCGCCGACCCGUCUCAGCGCCAGAUCACUUCCUUCUUCAGCAGCCGCGGCCAGUCGGGCGAGUCACCACCCGUCGAGUCGAUCCGCGGACCUUCCCUGCCUGCGAACGUCGAAGCCAACCUGCUCAGCGUCGGCAUGCGCGUGCGCAAGUCCGUACCGGAGGGCUACAAGACCGUUGGGCCCAGCGCCUUCAAGCUCUGGACAGACGACACCCGACCUUCCUCGCUCGGCGCACAGCAGCAGCAUCCCAGGCCCCAGAUGAAGAAGCCCACGCCUACCCUCUCACGAGCCACUUCGAGGGAACUGACACCUUUCUGCGGAAUCAACAGUAUUGGCGGCCUGAGCGAGCAGCCUGCCUCUUACUACGAGGACGAAGAGGAGGAACUUCCUGGGCUGGACGAGAUUCCCGGCUUGACCAUGUCCCAGGAGAGCAACGAGAGUACCGCCACGGAUGCGAGCUCUCGCAAACGCUUCCUAGACGACGAUGAGGAGGAUGAAGACAAUUAUGAGGAUCACGCGCGGAACUUGGGGGACUCGGUCAAUGGCCGGAUCGUGGCCGUUCCUCGCUCCCGCGUCAGGAAGGCCACCUCGUUCCAGCAAGAUCAGGAGAACAUGGCUAUCGACAAUGACUUUGACGAUGCCGACUUUUUGGUGCACAUGUCGGACUGA